UUGCGAUAAGUCAAUACAGUGCUCCAAUAUUGUAAUUUUGUUUAAAGUUAAAUACUGUUCAAAGUAAUAUCAACCUUAUCUACGCGGCAAUAUAGUAUUCAAUCAGUGUAACCCAGUGGGCAACACAUCUGCUAAGCAACAGACGAUUGCUUGCAUAAGGAUUGUAGUAUAUGCAAAAAUAGCAGAACAAAUGGGAACACCAAUUGACAAUAAAUCAAUGUCGAAUCCUGACCUGUCAGACAAUGCGGAUACGUCCAAUGUAAAUGUCAGAAAAAGGAAAAACCGCUUGGACUUCGACGAUAUGACGUCACUUCAAUCAGACAUACGUGAGAUGCUUAACAACUUCAAAGCCGACAGGGAUGCUCAGAAUACGAAGUUAUAUGCAGCAAUUGAUGACCUGAAGGCACAAAAUAAAGAAAUCAUCAAGACCAACAGCAAAAUUGAGAAAAUCCUGGAAGAUACGACAUUGCUGUACAACAAGCUGAAUGACAAGUAUGAGAAAAUGUCUACUGAACACGAUAAUGCCAUGAUAAAAAUAAACAGCCUUGAAGAACAAGUGGAAGCCUUGCAGAGGGCUCAAAGUGCUGCAAUGGUAGAAAUAAGAAAUAUUCCUGAUACCGGAAAUGAAGAUUUGAGUAAUUUAAUUGCUGUAAUGCAUGGUUCAUUGGGACUUUCUUUCUCUCCGAAUAACCUCAAGCAUGUUAGGCGUCUAAAGACUGCUCACAAAAAACAAAUAAUUGCAGAGUUCCAGACGGUGCAGCAAGGCACUGCUUUGCUCCAAGCAGUAAAAGAAUAUAACAAAUUGCAUCCAGAUAACAAAUUUAAUACGCUGAAUCUAAACAUAGAAGGAGAGAAGCAGCUAGUUUAUGUAUCGGAAUCUCUAACUCCGCGAGCCCGAAAGCUUCACUACUUCGCACGUGACCUUCGUAAAAACCAUAACUAUAAACACUGUUGGACCCGACAAGGAAACGUGUUUGUCAAACAAACGGAUACAUCACAGCCCAUCCUGAUCAAAUCAGAGCAGCAGAUUGAAGCACUCAAGGCAGCAUCUGUGUGCCAAUGACUAUUUAUUGUGUUACCUUGUAAGUUUUUCUUGUUUAUUAUUGACUCUUUCAUUCAUAUUUCCCACACAACACACCAACAUUCUCAGACACGCCAUUUCACUUGUAAUAUUUUCCUAAGCAGCCCUCUGGUAAUUCCACCGGUGGAAGACUACGUAGCCACAUCAUAUCAAUUUAAACAUGACCGACUUAAUAUUGUUAUCAUCUGAUAUUGAUCAGAGUAUCAAUAUCGGUAAUUCGGUGGCGGUGGAUCAACCAGAGUGUUGCAAAAAUGUUUUUACUAGUUCAGCACACCAGCUGAAAGUUAUGACUCUAAAUAUAAGAAGUUUGAAGCAUAAUUUCGAUGAUUUACAGGUGCUACUUGCGCGAAUAGACAUUAAUGUUGACGUCAUUAUAUUAUCUGAAUGUUGGCUAAGCGACGAUACUUGUUUGCCUUCGUUACCUAACUAUAAAACAUUUUCUACUAACCGUAUACUCAAUCAAAAUGCCGGGGUGGUGGUCUAUGUAAGGACUGCCAUAUCGUCUAAAACAACCGAACCUGAUUCAAUCCAAGACGCGAACUGCCUUGUCACAACAAUGGGUAAAAAAUUUGCUAUUGUUUCUAUAUACCGGCCCCCAUCUUAUAGACAAACUGAUAACUUUAUAAAGUCUCUUGAUUCAUUAUUGCAGACACUAAAACAAUACCAGAACAUCAUUCUUAUAGGUGAUAUUAACAUAAAUAUAAUUGAAAAUACACAAGACAAUAGAUCUCCCGACUAUCUGGAUAUGCUGGCGUCACACGGACUGUUACCUUCUCAUAAACUCCCCACUAGAGGUUGUAACUGCCUGGACCAUUGUAUGGUUAAAACAAAAUUAAAAAAUACUACAAUAGUUUGCGAUUCCUCUAUUACUGAUCACUCGUUAGUCAUGAUAUCACUUUCCAAAGCGCAUGUAUAUAAAUCAGAUGUACCAAAAACACACAAAAAAGUUGAUUACGCCGCGGCUAUAGCAGAAUUGGAUCUAGUUAACUGGGCUACAAUGUUGAGUGGAACGGACAUUAAUAUUGUUACGAAUAUGUUUCUGCACCUCGUCAACAGUACUCUAACAAAACAUACAACAUUAGUUAAAAUGUCUCACAGGAAACGCAAUGUUAAACCGUGGAUAACACCAGGUAUUAUCCGCUGUUUAAGGAAUCGGGAUAAACUCCACCAACGACUCAAAAAGGAUCCAGAUAAUUGUAUACUUAGAAUAACUUACAAAAGAUACAGAAACACAUGCAACCGUAUGCUACAAAACCUAAAACGAGCGUAUCAGAGAUCUUUAAUCAAAGAACACAGUAGAAAUGUAAAAAAACAGUGGGCUACAAUAAAAAAUAUUUGCAAUUUUAAUAAGACUGAUAGUAAUGAGAUGCAUCUUUUAACGUUAAAAUCCUCACCACAAGAAUCUCUAAAUCAUGCGAAUAGUUACUUUACCAAUAUUGGCAAAGAGUUAGCGACUAAUAUUAUAACUGGCACUCGACUUUCUGAGUCCAAUCGAGUUGAGACUAUGCCUGCAUAUACUACUCCGUUAAGAUCAAUGGCGCUAUUACCAACUGAUGAGCUAGAAGUAAAGGCUACAAUCUUAUCACUAAAAAAUACUCACUCUUCUGGAUGGGACGGAAUAUCUUCUUACUUUCUAAAAUUGGCACUUAAUAGUCUUGCCCUUCCUAUAACAAUUAUAUGCAACCUUUGCUUUAAGACAGGCAACUUUCCGAAGGCCCUGAAAAAGUCAAUAGUUGUACCUAUUUUUAAGUCUGGAGACAGAGACAGCAUCGAAAACUACAGGCCUAUUUCACUACUACCCACAAUAGCAAAAAUUUUGGAAAAAAUCAUUAACAAAAGACUAAAAAAAUACCUUGAAAAUAAUGAUCUAUUAAGUUCUAACCAACAUGGCUUCAGAGAGCGUAAGUCGACUGCUGAUGCAGCACAACAACUAACAUCAUUUCUUGUGGAUAAGCUUGACAGAAAUAAAAAGGCAACUGGCAUAUUUCUAGACUUGAAAAAAGCGUUCGACACUGUCUCUGUCCCACUACUUAUUAAAAAGUUAGAAAAUAAAGGAAUACGUGGUUUACCGUUGCAACUUUUCCAGGACUACUUGACCGAUCGGACUCAGGCAGUAAGAGUGGGAGACCGAUAUAGUACAGAAGAAACUAUUAAUUAUGGUGUGCCUCAGGGCAGUGUCCUUGGGCCAACCCUUUUUCUCGUGUACAUAGACGAUCUCUGUAGACUUAAACUCAAUAACGCACAAAUAAUAACCUUUGCCGAUGAUACUGUUAUAUUGUUUCACGGAGAAUCUUGGUCAGAAGUUACUAGUAUUGCUCAAACGGGUUUCGAUUUAGUCACACAAUGGUUAAACCAAAACUUACUCACGCUUAACUUAACUAAAACUAAGCUCAUCAAUUUCAGUAUAAGAGACAAAUAUCGACCUGCAGAGGGUACGAUAUCCAUCAAGGCUCAUGUAGACUGUGAUAGGAGUAGAAUCUGUGACUGCCAUGCAAUUACUGAGACUACAUCAAUAAGAUAUCUAGGCUUACAAGUAGAUAAAAAUCUUCGCUGGCAACAGCAUAUUAACAGUCUUACUAACAGAGUUCGAAAAAUGAUCUACGUUUUCAAAACACUAAGGCACGUGUGUGACCAGAGACUUUUAAUCUCAAUUUAUUAUGCACUGUGCCAGUCCGUCAUAUGUUAUUGCAUCAAUAUUUGGGGAGGUGCAGCAAAAACGACCAUGCUUCAGCUAGAGAGAUCACAAAGGGCGGUACUAAAAGUCAUGCUAUUUAAAAACUUUCUUUACCCAACCACAUCUAUUUACAAUGACUCCUGUGUUCUAACAGUAAGGCAAUUGUUUAUUAAACACUUGCUUCUGACGCAACACAAAAAUCAACCAGACUUUUCAGCAUCACGUAGAAGAAAUGACAUUGUAUACGCGGUUCCUAAAUGCAAAACUAAGUUCGCUAAGAGAUUCAUUACUGUUCUAGGCCCUACUCUUUACAACAAAGUAAACAAAAAUAUAAAUUUACGACAACUUACUAGAUAUUCCUGUAAAUUGAUGUUGGAAAAAUACAUGAAGUCACUGAACUAUGAAAACACGGAACAACUAAUUACUAAGUAAAUGGCCAGGCACGCAUACACAUACA